AUGAAAUAUGCACAAGAGCAAUCAGGUUCUUCAGGCUCCUUUCACACUUGCAAGCAAGAAAGUGUAAUUGGUCAAGCAAUAGAUUCAUGCUGUGUUAACGAAGCUAGUAGUGCUGGAUCUAUCGGCAAUAAAGUUCAGCAGAGCGAGUCUAAGAUAUCAGCCCCGAACCCUGAAACUGAGGAAAAUGGUGAUGAUGAAUUAAAUUCUGAAUCGGUGAAGGUCAAAAGGGAUGCUACCAAGAAGACCAUAUAUGGAUGCCAGGCCCGUGAGGCUGAAAUUUCUGUACAGGGGAAAUUGGUAGAUCCCCAGCGCAAAAAGAGCAAAGCAAGUUUACGGAAGCUUGAUGAGCAACCUGAAUGGUUGAGGGGAGGAAAGCUGCGUGAUUAUCAGCUUGAGGGUCUGAAUUUUCUUGUUAAUAGUUGGCGAAAUGAUACUAAUGUUAUUUUAGCUGAUGAGAUGGGUCUUGGUAAAACUGUUCAGUCAGUAUCCAUGCUUGGGUUUUUACAGAAUGCUCGACAUAUCCAUGGGCCAUUUCUUGUUGUUGUACCAUUAUCCACAUUGUCAAACUGGGCAAAAGAAUUUAGGAAGUGGCUACCUGAGAUGAAUAUUAUUGUAUAUGUUGGUACUCGUGCAAGUCGAGAGGUUUGUCAGCAGUAUGAAUUCUACAAUAACAAAAAUGUUGGCAGGCCAAUAAAGUUUAAUGCACUAUUGACUACAUAUGAAGUAGUUCUGAAAGAUAAAGCUGUCCUUUCAAAGAUCAAGUGGUUCUAUCUGAUGGUUGAUGAAGCACACAGGUUAAAAAAUAGUGAAGCACAGUUGUAUACAAUACUUUCGGAAUUUAGCACCAAGUACAAGUUGUUGAUUACUGGUACUCCAUUACAGAACAGUGUGGAAGAGUUGUGGGCCCUGCUUCAUUUCCUUGAUCCAGAUAAGUUCAGGAGUAAAGAUGAUUUUGUUAAGAAUUACAAGAAUCUUGGCUCUUUUAAUGAGAAUGAGGUUUCACUUUUAAAUAUUGUGGUUGAGUUGAAGAAGUGCUGCAAUCACCCCUUCCUGUUUGAGAGUGCAGACCAUGGUUAUGGUGGCGAAUCAAGAACCAAUGAUAGCAGUAAACUUGAGAGAAUUGUUUUGAGCAGUGGGAAGUUAGUUAUACUCGAUAAGCUGCUUGUUAGGUUGCAUGAGACAAAGCAUCGUGUUUUAAUUUUUUCCCAGAUGGUAAGAAUGUUGGAUAUACUAGCAGAAUAUAUGUCACAUAGAGGGUUUCAAUUUCAAAUGCUAGAUUGCAGCACUAAGGCUGAACUGCGUCAGCAAGCAAUGGAUUAUUUUAAUGCACCUGGUAGUGAUGAUUUCUGCUUCCUUCUUUCAACUCGGGCAGGUGGCCUAGGUAUCAACCUUGCAACAGCAGAUACAGUUAUCAUAUUUGAUUCGGACUGGAACCCUCAAAAUGACCUACAGGAUUGAUUGAAAUGAAAUCUCCUUUUAAUUUUUUAAUUUCUUUUGGGUAUUUUAUGUUAUUUUUUAUGGGG